AUUUUAUCAAUUUAUUAUUUUAUUCUCAUUCUACGUGCCUUUACCGAAAGAACCAAAGAAGAUGAAUCAUAAUACUGUAAUGCUUCAAAGCGUAAUACGGUUAAAUCUUGUAGUUUUGAGCACACCCAGAUAGGGACAAGGUCCUCUCCAGACUGCGGGUUGGUUGCUCGGGUUUAUUUGAUCAUAGGUCAGCACGCUGUUCAGUUUUGAGUUGGUGAAGGUGAGGAGCAUAGACACGGGAGCAUAUAUGUACAGCACAACAACGGAUUUUUUUACCGCCUGAUUUAUUCGGAAGCUUGAAUGUGUUUUUAAUUUAUCGUGUUGUUCACUUGUUGCGAGUAGCCACGCCGAUUUAACCCUACGUUGGGAGUGUUGGUAACAGAUGCACUAAAGCCACCCCUUCGAUCUUUAGUACUAGCAGCUGGCAACACUUACACGGCAAAUCUGGACUCAAGCCCGUGGCGCACACUCCGUGGCACAGCAGAUUCGUGCCAUCGCACAAAGUUUACUCCGCGGCGGUGGACACUGGCACACCGCGGUGGUGUUUACCGUUAGUAGGCGUCGGCGCUGUGCUGCUUGAGUUCAAGAAGUAGCCCGGAGUUGUGCCACACUUGUGGAAAACUCCAGCGACCAGCGGCGCUUCCGGCCGGAGAGCACACUGCUCCUGUUACAUGGUCAUUUAAGACAAACUUUUCAGCCAUCUCCCGUUUGUAAAAGUCCACUGACACAGAGGCAUUUAAUUUUCUAAAAGAAAAAAAAGUAACGCGAAUGUGCGAAAACCAGCAGAGCAAGAAAUCCUGCGCUUUGAAUAUUUCUGAGAGGUUUCGUCAAAAUUAAAUCCGCGCUGCGAAAACACAUUUAUUUACGCGACAAGUGGGAAUUUAGGACCCUGGGUCAAUGCUUAAGGGCACCGAUACCGGCUCUACCAUCACCGGAAUCCCGUCCUACAUUUUGAAACGUGUGUUCACAACUCAACUGUGGUGGCAGAAGCGUGUCGCGCUCUGAACCUGGCAUCCUGUGGUCCUGUGCUCCCUUCCCAGCCACGGACUGAAACUGCCAGCGAACGGUAUCGAUACCGGUCCUUCCACCAACCAACACUUUGCCAGCUUGCCAAAAAUAUGACCAACGUGGUAUGGUGGAUCCCAUUUGUCAAGCAGUGGAUUGAAUGGGCUGAGAAUUAUUAUUACGAAUGAAUUGCUUAUAUCGAUACCAUUUAAAAAAAUAAAUUUCGUGCAGAUACAACUUCUUCGGUUUUCCUGUGGCAAACGGAAUGUGCAUCUCAAAAGGGCUGUGUUGCCUGAUUAAAUGGAGCAGAGGUAAUUACAUUUAGCAAGAGGACACAGGCAGGCAGGCAGGCAGUUACCCACGGGAGGAGGAGGGUUGAUCACUCACUUCCUCUCUGCGACCUUAACUUUUGCAUCGCGACCACAUCUUAGUGCUCGGGCUGCCUUGAAUGCUUUUAUUUGCCACUUGCAGUGUUCGUAAAGAGACGCCGAGCAGAAAUUUGCAUGCAUUAAAGCGCUGCAGCAAGACGAUUCUGCUUGUGUAUUUCCGCUGAUGUUACAGGAAGACUGGGUGAUCCUUAAAUAACCGAUGCUGGUUUUACAUAUUAACUUUCGAUUGUGCAUUAAUUUGCAAUACAGUAUGCAUUAAUUUUAAUUAUGUGGUGUCGUAAGCACUAUGCAAGUCGGUGAGGGGUUGUUGGGGGGCGGGGGUUGGUGGGGGGCAGCUGUUGUUCAAUUGAAGGUUAAAUAUUACAUGUGGCUCGAUUAAUUAUCACAAGUUUUUCUUCAUUAAUUAUAUAUAUUUUUGUUCUCAUACCACGGCAUCCCGUAUAAAUGCACGUGCGAUGUCUCGGGACGGCACUUUGAUCGGUGGGACGAGAUUCCAUCUGCCGUUGAAGCUCAGGCAAGCUUCGCUCUCAGCUAGGGGCAUCGUCCCAGCUUUCGUGAAGGCUCUCUAGGCCCCAGCUUCACCCCAACACCCGCCGGAGAUCCACGCAACGCGAGCAAACGCACACCGGUACAGACCGACAAGCGGACGAAUCGACCGACCGACCACGCCACGUCGCCCGCGGGCCAAGCCAGGAGAAACCGAGAGACGGGCAUCGUUCCAGACGGCGCCGGGAACGGCGACGGCGCCACGAGCACGGGCGCCCGCGCGGAGGCGGAGCCAUGGUGCUGCAGGAGCCGAGCGGGUGCACGCCGACUGAGGUGGUGGCCGAGGGCAACGGACGGGUGUACACGGAGGGCACGGAGGGGCCCGGCGCCACCGACACCGCAGCCGGCAAGCAGGCGCCGGCGCAGACCGCCGCCAAGACGGCCAUCGUCUUGCUCAACGGUGCCGCUGCGGGUGAGCGAGGUGACCGACAGGAAAGUCCUGGCGCUGAUGGCGGCGGCGGCGGCGGUGGCCGGAAGGUGGAGGGCGUGGAGCUGGCGGAGGUGCGCAGCGCCCAGGAGGAGGACGCCCUACUCGAGAGCGGCAGCCAGGCCACGGAGAGCGACGACGUGGGCAGCACCGAAGCUGACGCCCAUGGCACCCACAAGGAGUCCGCCUUCUCCAUCGGCAUGCAGGUGCUGCUGCCCUUCCUGCUGGCGGGGUUCGGCAUGGUCGCCGCCGGCAUGGUGCUCGACAUCGUCCAGCACUGGCCGGUGUUCAAGCACGUGGAGGAGGUGUUCAUCCUCGUCCCGGCCCUGCUGGGCCUCAAGGGGAAUCUAGAGAUGACCCUGGCAUCUCGCCUCUCCACCGCGGCCAACAUCGGGCACAUGGACUCUGCCCCGGAGCAAUGGCGCAUGAUCACCAGCAACCUGGCGCUCAUCCAGGUCCAGGCCACGGUGGUCGGCUUCCUGGCGGCGAUUGCCGCCGUCAUCAUGGGCUGGAUCCCCGAGGGCAACUUCGACCUCCACCACGCCGUGCUGCUGUGUGCCAGCAGCGUCGCCACCGCGUUCGUCGCCUCCCUCAUUUUGGGCCUCAUCAUGGUGGGGGUGAUCGUGGGCUCCAAGAAGGUGGGGAUCAACCCUGACAACGUGGCGACGCCCAUCGCAGCCAGCCUGGGCGACCUCAUCACGCUGUCACUUCUCGCUGGCAUCAGCAGGGAACUCUACGGCUAUAUAGAAGUGUUCAAGUUUGUGUCGCCACUCGUGUGCGGCCUCUUCGUGGUGCUCACGCCGCUGUGGGUAAUGGUGGCACGCAGGAGCCCGCAGACGCGCGAGGUCCUCUACUCGGGCUGGGAGCCCGUCAUCAUCGCCAUGACCAUCAGCAGCAUCGGGGGCCUGAUCCUCGACCGCACCGUGUCUGACCCCAACUUCGCGGGGAUGGCCGUGUUCACGCCCGUCAUCAACGGUGUGGGCGGGAACCUGGUGGCCGUGCAGGCGAGCCGCAUCUCCACCUACCUGCACCUGCGCAGCCUCCCCGGUAUCCUGCCGGACGAGGUCAAGUCCACGUGCCCCACACCCUGCCGCACAUUCUGCAGCGGAGUGGUGAACUCGCGGUCGGCGCGCGUUCUCUUCCUGCUCGUGGUGCCGGGCCACCUCGUCUUCCUCUACACCAUCAACUUCAUGCAGGGUGGACACACGACGCUCACCGCCAUUUUCAUCGUCUUCUACCUGAUGGCGGCGCUGUUGCAGGUGGUACUGCUGCUGUACCUCGCCGACUGGAUGGUGCACUGGAUGUGGCGGCGGGGCCUCGACCCGGACAACUUCUCCAUCCCCUACCUCACGGCCGUGGGCGACCUCCUGGGCACGGGGCUGCUGGCGCUCAGCUUCCACCUGCUGUGGCUCAUCGGCGAUCGUGACACCGACGUGGGGGACUAGACGGCGGCGGGCCGGACGGGCGCGGUGUGGCCGCGUGGUGGCGGCGGUGGGUACGGGAGAGAGGCCCGCACGCGCCGAUGGCUGCCUGACUGGUUCCCCCGCCCCUAUCCAGCCACCGCUGCCACUGGCGAAGAAACCUUAUUUUCCGUAACGUUCAGUGCACUAGCAAAAAUUGUGUCAAUCUAUCCAAGCCGGUAAUAAUGUCGAUAUUAAUGAGAAUAAAAAGAAAAACAACAAAAAAAAUACCGGGAAGGAAGCACCUCAAUGAGAAACACUCAACGUGAACAGGAUUCUUUCCUCCCGUUGUUAAUUUUGUAAUUUGUUUGUUUUUUUAAAGUGACUUUGGAAGAUUGGCAAGGAUGCUUGAUUGCUGCGCCACCCUUCGCAGACCCUUUUGCCCCGAGGCAAAACCACGGCUCUCAGCUGCCGCCUCUCAUCGCCUGCUGCCACCGCCGAUCUUGGAUCACGUGGAGUGCACGCGCUCUCUGUAUUAUCGCCAUCGCCGAUACCACCAACGUUGUCGCCGUGCGUCUCCCGUCCAGCGUUCCCGUCCCCUUUCCCCCCGGCCGACGCUCGGGCCGUGCGUCCGCUCCACCGGAACUGGCGGAGCGCCCUGGCGGUCCGUCGUGCUUCACCGCAGCUCCAGGCCGCGUUUGGGACUUGCAAGAUCAUCGCGGGACCCUGCGAAGUUUGGCGACUUGAGCCGAGAGCGACGCUUUACCUCUCGCAACGCCUCGCGCCCCGGGGACCCAAGUACUCUCUCGAGAUGGCUCGCGUCUGAACAAUCCACGGCGUGCAUCGGUCCCACCGACACGGGUCCGCCCCCGACCUCUGUCGACGGGGGGCCUCGUUGAGGAGUGAAAGGUCUCGGUGUCGCGCGGGUGGCAAGCGCUCGCCUGGGACGCACGGCGCUCUUGCCCGCAGCUGGCCAGUGGGACCCGAGCGCUCGCGCGUGGGCGAACUCGUCGUGGGUGAACUCGUCGUGGGUGAACUCGUCGUGGGUGAACUCGUCGUGGGUGAACUCGUCGUGGGUGAACUCGUCGUGGGCGAACUCGUCGUGGGUGAACUCGUCGUGGGCGAACUCGUCGUGGGUGAACUCGUCGUGGGUGAACUCGUCGUGGGUGAACUCGUCGCGGGCGAACUCGUCGUGGGCGAACUCGUCGUGGGUGAACUCGUCGUGGGUGAACUCGUCGUGGGUGAACUCGUCGUGGGUGAACUCGUCGUGGGUGAACUCGUCGCGGGCGAACUCGUCGUAGGUGAACUCGUCGUGGGUGAACUCGUCGUGGGUGAACUCGUCGUGGGUGAACUCGUCGUGGGCGAACUCGUCGUGGGCGAACUCGUCGUGGGUGAACUCGUCGUGGGUGAACUCGUCGUGGGUGAACUCGUCGUGGGUGAACUCGUCGUGGGCGAACUCGUCGUGGGCGAACUCGUCGUGGGCGAACUCGUCGUGGGCGAACUCGUCGUGGGUGAACUCGUCGUGGGCGAACUCGUCGCGGGCCUUGACAGCUGCAGCCGGUACGCAAACCAGGGGACGUGUUUUGGGGACGCGUCCCCAUCGGGAAGCAGAAGCAGGCACCGCCGCAAGCGUGGCAAGCACGUGUCACUGGAUCGAGCGCGGGCCAGGCUAAAGCGAUUAUCGGCUAAUUCAAUUCCAUUGAAAUGCUGUUUUUAAUUAAGCGGCAAUGUAAUCUGUGCAAUUUAUAGACUGUCUGCUCGAGAAUGAUCGUACGCUUGAUGGAAAUGCUGCAGCGAGUUGCUCGCUAAGCAAAUUAAAAUUUAAUUCCGUAGUCGGGGGGGCGGCGCCGCUGCAGGUUCCUAUCGUUCGUGGCUGCCGCGGCGGCCGUGGCUCGCGAAUUAGUGAGCCCGAGCGCUCGUGCGCCUGCUGUCUAUCGCCGCGCUCCUGACGGCGCGUCCCAAGUUUCCGCCUCGUUCGUUGCACCUCGUUUCAACGGCCGACCCGCUCCCGAGUCAAACCUCGUCGCGUUUUUGUGCUGUUUCCCCAAGACGCUUUGACGAACCGAGGCGGACGCCCGUCGCGGUUUUGAAGCGCACGGAGGCAGCCGGCGUGGGCCAGCGCUCGGGAUCCCUCCGUCAGUAUCGUAGCGUUCGCUCGUCAUGCGCACAACGCGCGCGUUUCGGGGGCCGUGAGCAAAUUCAUCAUUGUCCCAAUCAUCUCAACGAAUCGUUGUCGAGAAACACGCACGCAGAUGUGCGCAAGCAGCGUUAUGGAUCGUCCUUAUCGAGGGCCCGGGGGUAGGCGAGGGGGGCGCAGACUGAAAAUAGUGCCGGCGUCGUGCGCCGCUCCGAGUUGUGAACCUGCUUCUGCAGAGACCGACUCUCCGACCCGCGCUGCGGAGAGAGGGACACGAACGUCCGCAGUGCGGCGCGUCCACCCCGCCAAGCGGGCAAACGGAAACGCCGCCUCCUCCUCUUCGGCACGUGCCGUCGUCCCUCCUCACCGCCGUACGCACGUGACCCAGCGGUGACCCGGCGUCACUGGUGACCCCGAGCACCCCCCCCCCCACUGCCCCCCUCGCCCCGUGCCAGGUUCCACGGAGUGUCCCUCAGAGUUGAGGCGCGCACGGCACGGCACCGUGCCUUAACUCCGGCUACCGUUAGACCCUGUGAGUGUGAGAGCACCGGGCUCUCAGCGAAGGCCUCUCUCGAAUCUCGGUGGUUGUAUUUUUUUUUUAAGUCUGCUUUAGAUAUUGCUCUAUCUGUGAUCGUUGUUACGUGACUCUGAAGUCAAAGCCUUAAAAUCGCCGACCUUUUCCGCCCGUGGCAUUGGUCCAAGUCGCUGAGUGUUCGGGUGGGAGCACGCCAGGGCGUCCGCUUCACGGGAUGCCCGUCCAGCGGUGGCUGCGGAAUCGCAAGGCCGCUGUCUGCUCGCACGCGGCCGUGAGGCUACAGUGUUCGUGCGCUGCGCAAACGCGGAUGAAGAAUUUUUUUUUUUAAACCCAACCGAGGAAGCUGGAAUGUGUCCAAGGAAACAGCUCCAAGCACUCGGGUGAUCAUGACAUGGCGUGCUGAGAGGGGGCCCUUUUAGUUAGAUGAGUCAUUAAGCAAGCCGUGUGCCUUCCUGGCUCAUUAAAGUCAGCCGCUGUGCAAUUACACGCGACGCUAUGCAUGCACUUCUGUGGUAACGUUCGCUUGCUCUCGCGCUCCUCUCUUGCACUCCGUCUUGCUCUCUCCCUCGCUCUCCCUCGCUCUCUCUCUCUCGCUCUCUAUCGCUCUUGCUCUCUGUCUCGCUCUCUGUCUCGCUCGCUCUCUCUCUCUCGCAGCCCAAGGACAAAGCUAGACGGUAAUUGUUACUGAAGAGACUGAAGGCCAGCAAGAUUGAAAUUGUUCUCGUAUUCAUGACGAUAAGACUUUCAGAUAUGUUUUUGGACGAGCUUGUGAAAACUAUUAAGUAUUUUAUCUGGGACGGUCAUCGGUAACUAAGUGAGUUGAUGAAGAAUUAAGUUUCGCCUUUUACUCGACAAGUUUUACACGAUUGUUGAUGAUUUAAAUUUAACGAAGGGCGUUCCACCUAGUGGUGCAGUCCAUGAUUAAGAUAUGGGUACCUUUUAGGAGUUUUAAAAUAUGUACGUUUUUGUUUGUUUAAAAAAAAAGUACAUUUUUAAUCUUAGAGAAGGAUGACCGCAAAUCACAUUGUAAUCAUUUACAACGAGAAUCAUUACAGUCAGAAAGAGAAACGGCGCGGCCGUUUUCGGGGUCGUACCGCGCGUUGUUUAAGAACGAUGUCCGACGUUUUGGCACGACCCGGUAACACAGGGGAGAACUGCACUUCAGUAGAACCGCCACGUACAGAGUAGUACAUUUCUUUUUUACGUGCCACUCCCAGUAUUUCAUCCCAAUUGAAGACAAUAUUUUUAAGGACAUGGUUCAGUAAGUUUCCCCCCGGGCAUUUUUAGGAAUACAUUCGCUGGCGGCUUCCACCCCCUUCCCCCCAUGCUCGCAUUUAUUAUUUAUAAAGCGUCAUCGCCAUACAUCUGAAUCCCUUAAUUAAAACACCCCCCGUGCCAUGAAGGGGAGCUGUGCAGACCCUUACGAGAGCCUCCUCAAGUUGCCUCUGCCAGCCCGACGUGCGGGACCAGCAAUCUCACGUGGCUACAGAUCGCUCCGUUCCCAUUCUAGGUCAGAGCCACGCACACGAGAGAGAGGCUCCGCCCCCGCCAAAUUGCCCGCGGCUAGCGCUGCGCUGCCACGCAGCCGCCCGCCCGCUCGUUUCGUUUUCGUAAUUUUAGUUUGUUGCUAAACUGGAGCCCACAGGUCCCGCGUCUCCGUGACGGGGAUUCCUUUGAUCUUUACGUCUGCGAACGUUUGCGAAAGCUGCGCUUAAUCCGGUGCGCGUGUCGCAUUUCACAAACUCUGAUGACGCGCAGCUGUGGUGGAGGUUAAACCCCGGGGCCUCGCCCCACACGGCCGAAGUUGUGUCUCCUGCCCCCCCCCCUCACCCUCGUCUUGACCCCAACACCACCCACUUGCGCUCCCACCCUUAUCGGCAUGUGCACCCCCGGGCAGCCCAGUGGCCACCACGCAGGCUAAGUGCGGCCCUGUCGGUCGUCAUCUCGAGUGUUACUGGGAGCAAUGUUUGCUCUGUGCUGGCCAGCGCUCGGAGACUCCCACAGCGACUACCCAACCAGACCAGGCGACUACCCAACCAGACCAGGCGACUACCCAACCAGACCAGGCGACUACCCAACCUGACCAGGCGACUAUCCAACCAGACCAGGCGACUAUCCAACCAGACCAGGCGACUAUCCAACCAGACCAGGCGACUAUCCAACCAGACCAGGCGACUACCCAACCAGACCAGGCGACUACCCAACCUGACCAGGCGACUACCCAACCAGACCAGGCGACUAUCCAACCAGACCAGGCGACUAUCCAACCAGACCAGGCGACUAUCCAACCAGACCAGGCGACUACCCUACCUGACCAGGCGACUACCCAACCAGACCAGGCGACUACCCAACCAGACCAGGCGACUACCCGACCAGGCGACUACCCAACCAGACCAGGCGAC